AUGAAGCAAGAACCUAUAUCCCCUGUUCUUGACCCCCAGUCCUCCUCGGAUCCAGGUUCUUGCGCAACCACAAGCACAAACACAAACACUAACACAAAUUAUACCAAGCCAAACACUAAUCCAAGUAACACAAACACUGGCCCUGGUGUCGGCAGCUUGUCAGAACGAGGGUAUUCGCACAACCCAGAAGACCAUGCUGUGGAACAAGCUUGCGAUUCUUGUCGCAAACGCAAACUCAAAUGUUCCAAAGAAUUCCCCCAGUGCACAAAGUGUGCACAACAUGGGUGGGAUUGCUGCUACAGUCCCCGCACGGUACGGUCGCCUUUAACCAGAGCAAACAUGACAAUGGUGGAAAAUCAGUCGCGGCAACUCCUGGAUAUGCUUCGGUAUUUGUUGCCGCUGCAGGUGAUGGGUCAAUUGGGAGGUAUCGAUCGCAUACUCCAAUGUGGAACCAACGAAUGGAUUACCAAGUUGCGGCCUUGCAAAGAAGUAUUGGCAGCAACUUACGGAGACAGUGGUAGGGCCCCGGCGGUCUCUGCCCGUCCAGUUGCGAUCCCGUCGACCGGGGCAGUUGCGGAUACAGCCGCGGCAUCGUUGGCACAUUCGCCUUCCAACUCGAUUUUUUCCAACGAAAACGGCUCGGUAUGUGACUCGUUUGAUGGGUCUAGACCCGAACGAGAAGGAGAUAUCGAUACGGUUAAAAUCAAGCAAGAAAUCAUGGACGAUUUUCUUCUCAACAACAUCUCGGCCGAAAGCAACUUUCAAUACGUUUCUCCUCAAAUGACCGAUAUGAAGGCCACCAAUUCGGCUCUGCAAUCACUGCGGCUGCCCCUGUGGGACGAAACAAAACCCAAGUCCACGACGUCGUUUUCCCCUUCCAACACCACCCUCACGUCGCCUUCAUCGCUCCUUUCUCUCAACUCCUACGGGGACUACGACUACCAUGACAUUGACUGCAAACCUAUAAAACGACAAAAAAGCAAUACCAGUAAACGGGCCGAUUUCGGCUUGACAAUGACGGCGCUCGAGCCGCCCUCCACAUGUGAUUCGCCCGACUACCACACCAUUUUCGACGAGGUGAUGGACGCUCCUAUGAUUGACGGCGUAGAAUAA